AUGUGAACACGAACUAGGGAUACUAAUGAAUGGAUAUGUCGAAAAUGGCGUCUAAGAUUAUGUGUCGUAUUGAAGUGUGCGGUGAUGAAGAAACUAAAAGCCGCCGUUAGGAAGUGGCGGAGGAUGCGCUUCUUCCGGAAACGGGACGCAGACUUGUCGAGGCAAGUGUCGACGGAACCCGCUCCAUCGACGUCAAGCACUCCUCACCACCACCCGAGACCUCCGCCAGAAUUAAUGCAGUUGGAACAAGACGAAACACAAAGGCUUAGAGAGCAACAUCUUAGGCAGUACGCCUUCUUCCAACUGAGGAUUCAUUUGAAAAGAGGACAAAAUCUGUUGGCAAUGGACAAAAAUGGAUUGUUAUCAGGAACAAGCGAUCCGUACGUGAAAUUCAAAGCCGGCGGAAGACUAUUGCACAAAUCAAGAAUAGUUUACCGAGAUCUGAAUCCUGUUUGGGAUGAAUGUUUUACGGUGCCUGUUGAAGAUCCCUUCCAACCUGUGCAGAUUAAGGUGUUCGAUUACGAUUGGGGUCUGCAAGACGAUUUCAUGGGCUCGUGCAACCUAGACCUGACAGCGUUAGAGCUCGGAAGGAUGCAAGACCUGGUCCUUUGCUUGAGAGACCCGAACAAGCCGCACCAGGAUAUGGGAGAAAUCGUUCUGAACGUUACUCUUUGGCCAAAAUCACAGGAAGACAAGGAUCAGUACCUGCUCAAAAAUACUAGGAUAAACGAUGUCAACAAGAGGCUCAAAGCACAAAUAUGGAGUUCAGUGGUGACUAUAGUAUUAGUCGAAGCCAAAAACCUCUCGGCCAUGGACCUUGAUACAAGGUCGAGUGACCCUUAUUGUAAGUUUAGGUUAGGUAACGAAAAAUACAAGAGUAAAGUGGUGUGGAAAACCCUGCAUCCGUCGUGGCUGGAGCAAUUCGAUUUACAUUUGUACGACGACCAGGAACAAGUUCUGGAAGUGACCGUAUGGGACAAGGAUAAGCAGACCAAAGACGAUUUUUUAGGGCGAUGCACAAUAGACUUAUCGAAAUUGGAAAGAGAGAAGACUCACAGUAUGUGGAAGGAACUGGAAGAUGGAAACGGACAAAUCUUUCUAUUGUUAACGAUAAGCGGGACAACGCAGUCCGAAACAAUAACGGAUUUGACGAGCUACAAGGAAAAUCCACGGGACCUGGAAAUCAUCGAACGUAGAUAUACGUGGUACAGAUUAAACGAAACAUCAGCCGGGGUCGGUUGGCUAUGCGUCAAGGUGUACGGUGCCAAAGGUCUGGCUGCAGCCGAUCUGGGCGGGAAAUCCGACCCGUUCUGCGUAUUGGAGCUUGGUAAUGCGAGACUGCAAACACAUACCGAAUACAAGACCUUGACACCGAAUUGGAUGAAGAUAUUCACUUUCACGGUAAAAGACAUAAGCUCGAUAUUGGAAUUGACCGUGUAUGACGAGGAUCACGACCACAAAGUCGAGUUUCUAGGUAAACUGGCCAUUCCGCUGUUGAACAUAAGGAACGGUGAGAAGAGAUGGUACGCUCUGAAGGACAAGAAGAUGAGGGCACGAGCGAAAGGAAACUACCCUCAGAUAUUACUGGAGAUGUUGGUCGUAUGGAAUCCGCUAAAAGGCGCGAUCCGGGUUGUGAAUCCAAAAGAGCCAAAAUACAUGCACCAAGAGGCCAAAUUCAAGAGGCAGUUGUUCAUAAGAAAUGUUAUGAGGCUGAAGGCCAUUAUUAUGUGGUUCAUUGAAGUCGGCAAGAUAUUGCAGGAUUGUUUUGAAUGGGAAUCAAGGAUCCGAUCGUUUCUGGGCCUCCUCGCUUGGCUAGCCUUUUGUUAUUAUUACGAAAUGUGGAUGCUUCCCUUCAUGCUGCUCAUGUUCUUCGCUAGGAACUGGCUUGUUUAUAGAUUGACAGGGGGUAACCCUUUGCUAGUACCGGUUGACGACGACGAUCUGUUGGCUGAAGAAGACGACGAAGAGGAAAUGGAUAAGGAAGAAAAGAAAUCUCUUAAAGAAAGAUUGCAAGCUAUACAAGAAGUUACACAAACAGUACAGAACGCCAUAGGUUAUGUCGCGUCGCUGGGCGAAGCUGUCAAAAAUUUAAUGAACUUCACUGUGCCAUAUCUGAGCUAUUUAGCGAUUAUAAUGUUAUUCGGGGCGAUGUUGGUACUAUACGUAAUACCUUUGAGGUACCUCCUAAUGGCUUGGGGAAUAAAUAAAUUUACGAGGAAAAUUUUAAGACCACACACGAUACCAAACAAUGAAGUUUUGGAUUUGUUAUCGAGAGUACCUGACGAUGAGACUCUUUUGGACUGCAGAGAACUGAAGACGCAUCCACCGAAUGAGCGAAAAGACGCUAGAAAAAAACAUAAAGCAUCCUAACGAAUUUCUUUUAAGAACAAACUUAGGUUAAUACCACACGAAAACUCAAACUUCGAAUGAUUUGUAUUGUCUAUGGAGCGAAAAAUUAAAAAAAAUCUAUGUAGAUUUUUCGUCACAAAAAUGAAUAUAAUUAAGACAAGGUAGAAAUUCUAGUAACUACCAUUCUCUCAUAAUACCGUAUUCUGAAAAAGGAAAACAAUAAUUAAAGACUUAUUAUGUGAAAUAAAAGGAGAGGCUGUCUGUCAAAGGCUAUAUAAAAAAA